AUGAAAAGCCAUGUAAAACUCGUUAAGGUCGUCUCUCAUGACGUGAUGGAAGCGAAGAAUCAAUUUGAUUUGUUUGUGAAUGAGUAUUCUUCAAAGCAUCAUUCUAUUGAUUCAAUAUUUGUUUUAAACAUUCUCAUAAGAAGUAGAUUGACGCUUAGUAAACUUUGGUGGAAAGUACAACCUAACAAGAGUAAAGAACAAAAAAAUUACCAAUACGAUUUACCGUUCGUUGGCGGUGCGUGUGAUAUGAUCGUGAGUUAUGAGACUGGCUUUGAUGAUAAAUGA